AUGUUCAGAAAGGAUCCAGAGAAAACUCAACUGGUCACCGAGAAAGGCACCAUGUAUAGCAUCACCAUGGAAAGUGUGUCCACAGAUGAGAUAAUGCAGAUGGAGAAGGACAGAAACAUCCAUCAUUGCCAUGACAACUGCCAGGCUACGGAGGACAGGGAGCGGGAGAAGCAGUUGGCCAGGAAGAGGCUCUAUGUGGUCUCGGCUGUUUGCUUGGUCUUCAUGAUCGGAGAGAUCCUGGGUGGUUACUUUGCGGGGAGUCUGGCGGUGAUGACAGACGCCGCCCACCUGCUGGUAGACUUCGCCAGUUUCAUCAUCAGCCUGGUGUCUCUGUGGCUCUCGUCCAGACCCGCCACACGCACACUCAGCUACGGCUGGCAUCGUGCAGAGAUCCUGGGCGCUCUCCUCUCGGUGGUGACCAUCUGGCUUGUGACAGGUGUGUUGGUCUACCUGGCCGUGCAGCGGCUCAUCAGAGAUAAUUACGAGAUCGAGGGGACCAUCAUGCUCAUUACCUCAGGCUGCGCUGUGCUUGCAAACAUCAUUAUGGCUUUCACCUUGCACCAGUCCGGGCAUGGGCACAGCCACGGGGGCCUCAGUAGCGGGCACAGCCACAGCCACGGCAACAACGACAAGGGCAACCAUGGUCACAGCCACGCGGUGAGUGAUAGGCACGGGCACAGCUGCAAAAGUAACCACUCACACGGUAACGGUAACCAGGAAAACCAUUCCCAUGGAAACGGCGAUUUGGAGCAGCAUGGUGGGGUGGACGUUCAGCAGUAUGAGUUGUCGGAGUCACGACCUCAGGCCAACGCCAGCGUGCGUGCUGCCUUCGUGCACGUGGUGGGAGACCUGCUCCAGAGCAUCAGCGUGCUGGUCAGUGCCAUCAUCAUCUUCUUCAAGCCCGAAUAUAAGAUAGCUGACCCUAUCUGUACGUUCCUGUUUUCCAUAUUUGUCCUGGGAACCACCAUCACCAUUCUGAGAGACAUCUUGACGGUCCUCAUGGAAGGCACCCCAGCUGGAGUGAAGCACGGUGAGGUGAGGGAUCGGCUGCUGGCAGUGAAGGGGGUGAAGUCUAUCCAUAGCCUCCAUAUCUGGGCCCUGACUAUGAACCAGACGGUGCUGUCAGCACACGUGGCUAUAGAUGACUUAGUGGAUGCCCAGCCAGUUCUAAGGGAGAUGAACCAAACUUGCUUCUCCAACUACAACUUCCAUUCAGUCACCAUACAGCUGGAACAACAGGCUGACCAGAAGCCUGGGUGUAGCCUGUGUGACGACCCCAAAAUCUAGACGUCUGUUUAAGCCCAUUGGAGAGGCCAGGAGCCCAGAAGAAUAAGCUACCAAACCAGGAUUUAGUUGUAACCUGGACAGGCUUUUGGCCAGUGCUUGACUUGGCCAGGAACAUGCUGGAACUGAGUUAUAGCACCUCACAUAUUCUACUGCUUGAGUUCCUGCACCUCUUAGAGAAUAUUGGCUUAAAAUAUUCAGUGGUGUAAAGUACUUAAGUGAAAAUAUUUUUUAAGUAAUACUUAAGUUGU